AUGUGUUGGACUUUAUCAGUCUCCUUAUCCUCGGAGCUCGCCGUAGUCAACGGCCGCACUUCCCAAAAAAGUUGUCAUCGCGGACCAUUCCCCUUGGUCAACAGACAAACACACCGCGACAGUCAACACGCCUUGUCGAAUCGCAUUGGCGCUACUGCAAACCACUCUCCCGAUUAUCGCCCCGCGCUCCAAUUGACCUCUCACGUCCCGUAUCUCGAGCAGCUUCCUUUUCAAGUCAAGAGCAUUGCCAACAUCGCUUCCCGUUUGAUCCAAUUGUCGUUGUGUCGUUGUGUCGUUCCUGUCCCCUUGCCUCCGGUCUCCGUCAACUUUUGUGAGAGAAAACUGCAAAAUCAGUCAAUCCCCCAAAAAAUGUCUCGAACAAUUGGACUUUUUGCCGUCGCCGGCCUGUUGCGCACGGCCGCUGCCGGCCUUUACCCGGGACUGACCACCGCCAACCACACCUGCGCUCUUGUCGAACCCAUUCUGUCUUGCUCUUGCGGCGCAAACCCCGACAAGGUCGACACUUGCUGCGUCGAGACGUACGGAGGCUUGGUGCUCGCGACGCAGUUCUGGAACACCCACACCGGUCUCGAGGCCGAGGGCCAAAAGCUGCCCGCCGACGCGUGGGGCAUCCACGGCCUGUGGCCCGACUUCUGCAACGGCUCGUACACCCAGUACUGCGACCUCAGCCGUCAGUACGACCCGGCACCUUCCCCCAACACCACCACCGGUAAGGCGGAUGGUACUCCGGUCCCCGCCUGGACCGGCGUCUCCCUGGAUGAGUUCGUCAAGCACUUUGAGAGGUUUGAUCUCCUCGAAUUCUGGAUCGCCCAGUACACCCCCAACUGGGUCCUCUGGGCCCACGAAUUCUCCAAGCACGCAACCUGCUUCAGCACCUUUGACGUGGAAUGCUACGGCCCCAAGUACCAAGAACACGAAGAGGUUGUCGACUUCCUCGAGACUGCCGUCCACUACUACCAAGAAACCCCGACCUGGAAGUGGCUCGCCGCCAAGGACAUCACCCCGUCCAAUAGCACCGCCUACUCCCUCUCGGACCUCCAGGCCGCCCUCAAGGAGGGCCACGGCGCCGUCCCUUACCUGGGCUGCUACGGGCCCCGGUACAACGCCACCGAGGCCGGCAAGGGCUCGCUCGAUAACGGGUACACCCAGCUCACCGAGGCCUGGUACUACUUCCACGUCCACGGCAAGCCCCAGCGCGGGGGCGCCGUGCCCGUCGCUGCUGAUGCAAAUGGCGGGCGCGUGACGAACUGCGCGACUACGCCUGGUGCUAUCUGGUACUAUGAGCGCUCUGAGGGUUCGGUCCAAUAG